AUGCGGUCGUUCAUUUCUGCUCUGGCCAUCGUGCCGAGUCUGCUUGGAUCGGUGCUUUUGGCCCGUGCUGCGCCCAGUGGCCUGCUCGAAGAUGCCUCCGAUCUCGUUGCGCGUGCGUCCACGUGCAACACGCCGUCCAACCGUGCCUGCUGGACCAAUGGCUUUGACAUCAACACCGACUACGACGCCAGCACGCCGGUCACCAACUUCACUCGUCACUAUACCCUCGUUAUUACUGAGGAGACGAACUGGACUGGCCCCGAUGGUGAGGUCAAGGAACUGGUCAUGCUGAUCAACGGCACCUUACCCGGCCCCGUCAUUUCUGCUGACUGGGGCGACACGCUCUCCAUCACGGUCAUCAACAACCUCAAGAGCAACGGUACCUCCAUGCACUGGCACGGUAUCCGUCAGCUGAACACCAAUCUGCAGGAUGGUGUCAAUGGCGUCACCGAGUGCCCCAUUCCUCCGGGCCAUUCACGCGUCUACACGUUCCUCGCCACGCAAUACGGCAGCUCGUGGUAUCACUCGCACUUCUCGGCCCAGUACGGAAACGGUGUUGUCGGCACCAUCCAGAUCAACGGGCCGGCCUCGCUGCCGUACGACGUCGAUCUGGGUGUCUUCCCCGUGUCCGACUACUACUACCACACAUCCGACUACCUUGUCGACUACACCAAGAACAACGGACCACCGAACAGCAACAACGUCCUGUUCAACGGCACCAACGUCCACCCUGUGACCGGCAACGGCAAGUAUGCCAACGUCACCCUGACGCCCGGCAAGCGCCACCGUCUCCGCAUCAUCAACAUCUCUGUUGAGAACCACUUUGUCUUCUCUCUGGCCAACCACACCAUGACCAUUAUUGCUGCCGACCUGGUGCCCGUCAACGCCAUGACGGUGAACGAGCUCUUCGUUGGCGUCGGCCAACGCUACGACGUCACCAUUGAUGCCAGCCAGACCCCUGGCAACUACUGGUUCAACGCCACGUUCGUGACCAAUGCCCAGUGCGGCGACUCCGACAAUCUGACUCCCGCUGCCAUCUUCCACUACGCCGGCUCCGCUGGCGGCCUGCCCACCAACCCUGGCUCCGUUGCCACCAGGACGACCUGUGCCGAUCUGACCAACCUGACCCCUGUCGUCAAGCGCACUGUCCCCGUUUCGGGCUUCGUUGCCGACUCCAGCAACGAGCUCAACGUGACGCUCGACCUGGCCGAGCCCGGCCAGCUGUUCACCUGGAAGGUCAACGGCACGCAGGAGAUUAUCAGCUGGGAGAAGCCCGUCGACCAAUACCUUCUGAACAGCCAGACCAACUGGCCCAACAGUGACAACGUCGUCGUCGUCGACAAGAAGGACCAGUGGGUCUUCUGGGUUGUGGAGAACGACCCGGUCAUUGGCAUUGCGCAUCCGAUGCACCUGCACGGUCACGAUUUCAUGGUCGUUGGCCGGGCCGAUUUCAACAAUCCUGGCCCCUUCAAGGCCUCGGACGUCUCCUCCUUCAACGGCAACAACCCCGUCCGCCGCGACGUCACCAUGCUCCCGCCCUUGGGCUGGGUCGCCAUUGCCUACAAGACCGACAACCCGGGCACGUGGCUGUUCCACUGCCACAUUGCCUGGCACGUCUCGGGCGGCCUGGCCGUCACCUUUGCGGAGCGCCCCACGGACUUCAAGGCCGGCGUCGCGGCGGCCGACAAGUCGGCCCUGGACACCCAGUGCACCAACUGGAACGCCUACUUCCCGUCGCAGGAUCCGUUCCCGCAGUCCGACUCGGGCCUGCGCAAGCGCAGAGUCAACAGCCGCUUCCUCGGCGUCGGCUCCAUCCGCGGCCUGUAG